UCCACCUGCAGCUCCUCAAAGUGCUGAAUAUGGUCACUCUGUACAGAGUCCAACUUCAGACUUUGGUACUUCUCUUUUUUCUUGUCCACCUGAGCAGGCCGGUGUGUGUCGAUGUGUUGUCGGAUACAGAAGCAGUGCUGGGGACAAGCAAGAAGCUGACAUGCAUCUCCUGCAUGCUAAGAGAAGAGGUCAAAGCAAAGACUUAUGUGAGUUGGUUCUAUAUGCGAGAAAAGAACACAUCUAAUAAAACACAUAUAUACCAGUAUAAUUAUACAUAUCCAGUAGAGGUGGAUGGACCCUUUCUGGGCCGUCUGGCCUGGAACGGCAGCCAAGACCUGCAGGAUGUCUCCAUUUCGAUUCUGAAUGUCACCUAUUCUGACAGAGGCAUCUACGAGUGUCACAUUCAUCGGGAGUUUGACUUCGGCUUCUUCAACCAUAAAGUUUCAGUCACAAAGACCAUCGAGCUGGAAGUGAAAGAAAAAGCUUCUAAGGACCCCACAGCGUUCUACUCUCAGAUCAUGAUGUAUGUGCUGCUGGUGUUCUUGACCUUCUGGCUACUGGUAGAAAUGGUCUACUGCUACAGAAAGAUCUCCAAGUCUGAUGAGCAGACGCAGGACACAGCGACAAACUACCUAGCCAUUCCCUCUGAGCAGAAAGACAAUCCAGCUGCUCCUGUUACCGAAUAAAAGUGCUUUAUGGUAUUGAUCAAGUGUGCUGGCACAAGGGAUUCUGAAACCACAGUCUAGUCUAUGACACUAUGAAGGCAUACUUUCUCCUAGAGAGCCAUGCGAAUCCUGCCAACCGACCUCUCCUUUAUAUCGACCGUGUCUUGUGAAAAGCCAGUGAAAAAUACCCAAGUGCUGCUACACUARGCACACA